UCUGUUUCCAUGACCUGCAUAUAAAUUCAGGUCCCCUUGAGAAGUCUUCAGGUUUGGAAAAGCACUACCUGCUCCUAGAAUCUUGGAUUUGAACCUCAUUUUGGACAGCGAAUGACAAGGAAGAAGUAGCCCUACUGUAGCCAGUUAGUACUAGAUAGAAUUUUUUUUAACGAAGUGGAGUCAAUUCCUUGGAUUGGAUUCAAGGUUUUUGCUUUGGGGCGGAAUUGAGUCCACAGUAGGAAGGCAAAGACAUCCAAGCGAAGCCUGGCCUGUGUGUGCCCCAAGAACUAUCUCGCAGUCAAGUUCUCAGUGUGGGAGGUGGGAGAGAAGCCGGGGACCCAGAGGAGAGGAUGGCUCAGUGACUGCCUGCCCCAGGGCAAGGGGCUCUGGGCGUGAAGAGGGAGGGCCACUAACGAUACCAAAAGAGGAUCGUAAACCAACCCUUCCUGCAGUUCAACAGUGAUCUGGCCUGUAUCUUGGCAUCCAGAAAAGGCAGAACGUUCCUCACCGAAAGCAGGUACAGAUGGGGCAAGAGUGUCCUACUCAGCAGGACAGUAUGUGCAAGGCUCAGCUGUAGGAGACCGUGACGUGCUCCCAGAAGGGAGCACACCGGCCGUGGAGGCCCGGCGGGAGGCGGCUCGGGCCAGUCUCCACUGACACCCACCUUCUCUCCACUGUGCUGCGGGGCCACAGUCCAGGACACAGACGCCGCAUCCGCCCCGGCAGCCGUCUCCCUGAGGCGUCAGCAGCCCGUGUCCCGGGACCGCCAGCGGGAUGUCCAGCCAGGAUUUGAGUAUUACAGCAAAACUCAUCAACGGAGGUGUGGCAGGGCUUGUUGGGGUGACCUGCGUGUUCCCCAUAGACUUGGCCAAGACUCGACUGCAGAACCAACAUGGAAGAGAUAUCUACAAAGGAAUGAUAGACUGCCUGAUGAAAACAGCCAGGGCAGAGGGCUUCCUGGGCAUGUACCGAGGAGCUGCAGUGAACCUGACUUUGGUCACUCCAGAGAAGGCCAUCAAGCUGGCAGCCAAUGACUUCUUCCGGCAGCUGCUAAUGGAGGACGGGGAUGGCAGGAUGCAGCGGAACCUGAAGAUGGAGAUGCUAGCCGGAUGUGGAGCUGGAGUGUGCCAGGUGGUGGUCACCUGUCCCAUGGAAAUGCUUAAGAUUCAGCUGCAGGAUGCUGGCCGCUUGGCGGUUCCUCGCCAGGGCUCGGCCUCAGCACCCUCCUCCUCCAGGUCCUACACCACCGGCUCGGCUCCCACCCACAAGCGCCCAUCUGCCACCUUUAUCGCCUGGGACUUACUUCGCACCCGGGGCCUGGCUGGCCUCUAUAAGGGUCUGGGUGCCACUCUCCUCAGAGACAUUCCCUUCUCCAUCAUCUACUUCCCACUGUUUGCCAACAUUAACAACCUCGGGUUCAACGAGCGUACGGGGAAGGCCUCCUUUGCUCAUUCCUUUAUGUCAGGCUGCGUUGCAGGCUCCGUAGCUGCUGUCACAGUGACACCUCUGGACGUUUUGAAAACUCGAAUCCAAACCCUCAAAAAAGGCCUGGGUGAGGACAGCUACAGCGGGGUCACCGACUGCGCCAGGAAAAUCUGGACUCAGGAGGGGCCAUCCGCCCUCAUGAAGGGGGCAGGCUGCAGGGCCCUGGUCAUAGCCCCUCUCUUCGGGAUCGCCCAAGGGGUCUACUUCAUUGGUAUUGGAGAGCGGAUCUUAAAGUGUCUCGAGUAGAGAGAGCUGGAUGGCUCAGGUCCCUUUACUUGCUGCCAGCUCUCUAGAACGUUCUACUUAGGGACGAGUGAGACGCCCCCCAUGUCAUACUCUGUCCUCUAACCUGUAGUGCUACCUCACUCUCGGAACACACACUCUUACCCCAAUAAGCUAGCUGGCUACAGUCCAUGCUCCCUUCGUAAUGUCCACAUCCGGUUUUCGGCGGGGACAAGGCCACCAGGGAGCUUCAGAAGCGCCUAGCUACCUGCCUUUCCACAACACACAGCACGGGCUUGGGGUAUAUUAACUGCAGGACCCUAACACACAGUAAUAUAGAGGGGUUGUUUCUCCAUUUUACAUUUCUACUUCACACUCAAACUCUAUACACUUGAGUCAGUUUGAAGAUUUAGUGUUAAUUCUGAAUUAAGUGACUUAUGGUUAGUUCCAGAACUGGUUUGGGGGAAAAGGAGGACCACAAGUUCAAGGGGACCAUGAAAACCCUCAAAGUCAGCAGAUCUUUUCAAGUUGUAGAUGGCCGAGGCAUUAGGCUGACUGAGUGGGUGGCCUGGGCCAUCAGGCUGGCUGUCCUGGCCCGCAAACCCUCCCUGUGCCACACAGGCUCUCACAGAACAAGGUCCAGGGAACAUGGUUUUAAAUAAAAUUGAUUAAACUCUC